AUCAUCUUUAUUUAUUUAUUAUUCUAUUCUCUCUCUCUAUAUUUCAUCUUCUUCUUCAACUUCAUUACUACAUAGUAAACAAAUUUCACCCUUUCAAUCUAGGAUAAUGAUAGAAGAGACUUUAACUUCAACCCAAAACUAAAACACUGAAAAACAGAAAAAAAAUAUCAUCUUUUUAUUUUUGUGAUGGAGUCGAAGACUCUGCGUUUCAUGACCCAUCAAUCAAUUUUUUCCAUGGUUGGAUCUGGAGACCUUGAUGGGUUAAAGAAGUUGGUGGAAGAGCUGAAGAAGGAGGAUAAUGAUAAUGGGUCGUCAUCAUCAUCAUCAUCGAUGUUGGUUUCUGAUUUGAUGUGUCUUCAGAAUGAGCAUGGAGAAACAACACUUUACAUAGCUGCAGAGCGUAAUUUGAAACAAGUUUUUAGCUUUUUGCUUCAAUUGUGUGAUUUUGAGGUUCUAAAGAUUCGGUCCAAGUCUGAUAUGAACGCCUUUCAUGUUGCUGCUAAGCGUGGCAAUUUGGAUAUUGUGAGGGAGAUUUUGAGUGUCUGGCCUGAGGUUUGUAAGUUAUGCGACUCCUCAAACACCAGCCCCCUAUAUUCUGCUGCAGUUCAAGACCACCUGGAUGUGGUGAGUGCUAUUUUGGAUAUUGAUGUCAGCUCCAUGUUUAUAGUCAGGAAAAACGGAAAAACAGCGCUACACAAUGCUGUUAGGUACGGCGUCCUUCGAAUUGUGAAAGCCCUUAUUUCCCGGGAUCCAGGAAUUGUCUGCAUCAAAGAUAAAAAAGGUCAAACUGCAUUGCAUAUGGCUGUCAAAGGACAGUGUACAUCAGUGGUGGAGGAGAUAUUACAGGCUGAUCCUACUAUAUUGAACGAACGAGAUAAGAAGGGUAACACAGCUCUUCACAUGGCUACGAGGAAAAGCCGUUCGCAGAUAGUGAUCCUUUUGCUAAGCUAUGCAUCUUUGGAUGUUAAUGCCAUCAAUAAGCAGCAAGAAACAGCCUUGGAUUUAGCAGAUAAACUUCCAUAUGGAACUUCAGCUUUAGAAAUCCAAGAAGCCCUCGCAGAAUACGGUGCCAAAUAUGCAAGACAUGUUGGUAAAGUGGAUGAAGCUAUGGAACUUAAAAGAACAGUAAGUGACAUAAAGCAUGAGGUUCAGUCACAACUCAUACAAAACGAAAAAACUCGGCGACGAGUUUCUGGCAUAGCUAAGGAAUUGAAGAAACUUCAUAGAGAAGCCGUUCAAAACACCAUUAACUCUGUCACAGUGGUCGCAGUCCUUUUCGCCUCAAUAGCAUUCUUGGCUAUAUUCAAUUUGCCCGGUCAAUAUAUAACUAAAGGAUCAGAGACAGGAAAAUCUAACAUAGCUGAUCAUGUAGGAUUCCAAGUUUUUUGUCUCUUGAAUUCUACCUCUCUUUUCAUUUCUCUUGCAGUUGUUGUUGUUCAAAUCACUUUGGUAGCUUGGGACACAAGAGCUCAAAAGCAGAUUGUAUCGGUCGUUAACAAGCUGAUGUGGGCUGCUUGUGCUUGCACGUGUGGCGCUUUUCUUGCGAUAGCUUUUGAGGUUGUUGGAAAGAAAAAAUGGAUGGCAAUCACCAUAACUGUUGUAGGGACACCAAUUUUAGUUGGGACUCUAGCAAGCAUGUGUUACUUUGUUUUUCGACAACAUUUUGGGACUUUCCGCAGCGAUUCUCAGAGACGAAUCAAGAGAGCAAGUGGAAGUAAAUCUUUCUCAUGGUCUUACUCUGCAAAUAUAUCGGAUUUGGAUGAUGAAUACAAUUCAGACAUUGAGAAGAUCUAUGCUUUGUAAGAUAGUGAUUGUGCGUUACCGCACAAUACAACAUUGGAUGGUGGAUGUGUAUAGUAUGGUCCGAAAUAAGUUCCGAUCCAUUGUGGGCAACUUCUUACAAGCAUUGAUAUAUUAUAAAAUUAUAGUGAUUAUGAUUUUAUAAUAUAUCAUUGGUUGUUAAAAGUCGGCCCAUUAUGGAUCAAAACGCAUUUGGAGUGUACUAAAGUUUCUUCACAACACAAACAAUAUUUCGAGUUUCCACCUUUUAACCGAAACCAGAGGAGUUUCCUUAGUGAUAAGGUUUGCUUACUAGGAUUCAUCUCUCUAGUUUAUCUGCUAGAAGUUUUAGGCUGUACUUGGCAAUGUCUGUGAUUAUAAUUAAUAAUCAGCACUUGUAGAUUUAUAUGUAUAUGUCAUGAAGGGAAAAGGCAUUUAUGUAAUUUAUUUUUAGUAUCAUGCACAAGAGAACUGUGCUUCCUCCCUAGCCCUGUUGUGAUCGAAAAUGAGAGGGUGAAAAUUGAAAGGAGAGAAUGUGAUGUUAUUUUCUCAAUAAUUGAUUGUACAGAGAAAAUAAUGAGCACAAAUUUUGAUAUAAAGUUUA